CAUUAAAAAAAGGAGGGGAAGUUUGUUAAGGCAAGAACAAAUUUUCCAAAACGGUCUUCUCUUCUCCGGCGCCGGAUUCAUUAAACUGAAAAAAUGGCGUACAGAAGACGGCAGGGGAUGACCAGAGCCUUCACCUUCAAGGAGGAAAUUAGCAAUCAUGUUGAUGACAGCAACGACAAAUCUUCCAAUCCGCAGUUUACAUCGUCGCAUUCAUUUCCCUCGUCCUCGUUGCAUCCGCUAUCGACGAGAUCACCUUCCGAUUCCCUUGCCGCUCAGGCAAUCCGUGCCUCCGCCGCUCGCCGCGAGUCCCCUGUAUUCGGAGGAGACCGAGACAUUUCUCCUAGAUCUAAGGGCUUCAAUGCAUAUGACGACGCUAGAAAUGAUGGAAAAGGGUUUUGGGGUGUUCUGGCUCGGGAAGCCAAAGCAAUUAUAGAAAAUGACAAUAUGUCUCAGAAACUUGAGUCACCAAGAACGAGAUCGUCCAGAUCAGAUGUGUUUAAUGCCUCAAAUGAUCUUCAGCAGCAACAUGCGCAACAAUCAUACAAAUCUACCGAAAGCUUCAGAAGGAAGGACAGUCCUACAGUACAGACUUCCCUUAACCACGUCAGUGAUCCAUUUGAAAGGGUUUUUGAGGAGGGUCGGACAAUUGUGCAACAUAAGACUGCAGAUAUCAUCCAAGAGACCCGCAAGAUUCAAAUCAUGCCGAAGGGAACCUAUCCCGAUGCACAUAAUCAAGGCCUCAAUGUAAAUAAUGGUACAUGGCGGCAGCCUCUGACACAGGCAAUAGCACUACAGAAUCAGACCAACCGUGAAACCCAACUCAAGGCAUCUCGCGACGUUCAAGGUCCCAAGACUGCUCAGGCUAUCCAGUAAGAGAGACCUUGAUCUGAUAGUCAGUACAUAACAUUGCAUAACUUCACUGCAUUGUUUAAGAUUACAGUUAAGGGAUAAUGUUAAAAUACACAUAUGUAGUUGAUUUCCAUGGCUAAGACACAUAUCUUGCUUUAAUGAGGAGAAAAUGAAUGAUAAUUUAUGAG